AUGAGAACUUUAUACAGUGUUUUCUUAAUAUGCACAUUGUAUGGUCCAUUGGUUUUGGCUUUUGAGGACUGUUUUCGUUCUCCCGGCAUAUGCCGCUUACGUCAGACACAUGGUGAUGUUAAUGCUGUACAACCUCAAGUUGUAGAUAAUGUUGAUAAACCUGAUCCGCUUGAGAGCAAACCUUUAGUUAGAAAGAAAGAUCCAGGAUCCAUAGUUUAUGUAGAAGCUACGUCAACUGUGGGCGUUAACUUAGAUGAAUUUGCUAAAGAUCAAGUCACUUUAAAACGCAUAGUAUCAAAAUUAAAAUCUAAGGGUAACAAAUUUUGGAUUAAUCGAGCCAUUCAACAACUAUCGCAAACAAUAAAUAGAUUUAUUUUUCGUACAACGUAUUACACUGAACCAAAAUAUCAAUUAGCAUUACCACCAGUGAAUCAGUGGAAAAUUAAAAUAAAAGGAAAACCUAAACGUGAUCAUUCGAUUGACGCACAUGAUUUUGUUUACGUACAUUAUACAUGGUCAACACAUUUACUAAGUGAUGUGAAUUCACCAGGUAUUAGUGAGCCUAGAUUAGAAAACAUUGGUGGUCAGUGGAUUGAACCAAUUGUUUUACCAGUUGAUCCUUACAAUAUUAUACAAAGAACGGGCUAUGCUUGUAUGAGUGAAAGUACGUAUGUGUUAGACCUAUAUUCUUUAUGUCUUAUACACAAACGGUUGAAUCACAGCGCUUGUAAAUGGGCUAAAUUAUCCCAAAAUGAAUAUGAAGUUUGUGGUUCUUUCGGUCCAUUUUAG